CUUACACCAACUUACUUCACUCUUUUGUCUUCUACACCACAUUCUUUUACUUCUUUUCGUCAAUCUCUCUGAUACCAUACUCAUCACAAUGAAGUUCAUCAACAUUCUCGCCCUCUCCCUUCCGGCCGUUUCGGCUUUCCCCCAGGCUCUCCCGCCUGCUGGCAAGGGGAUCCAGAUCCGCGACGAAGAUAGACUCCGCCAGCUUGAGGAGUCUCACGCUGAGACUCUUCAGCUUCUGAAUGGCGGUAUCGAAGCCCGUGACAACGACCUUUCCAAGCGCCAGGCUGCUGUCGCUGCCAAGGCUGUCCGCGGCCUUGCUGGUCUCUUCCUGGUUCCCCUCUCCAAGAUGGAGAACAAGAUCAUCAGCGGAAUCGCCGACAAGACCCUUGAUGCUCUUGGUGAUGAUAGCCAGGACAUCAUCUGGCACAACCACGGCCGCUGCCGCACCUACUUUGAUACCCAGGGUGGUGGCAACUGCGAGACCCGCACCUAUGACCGCGGCUCUAAGGACAGAACCGCCACUCACAAUGACGACAACUGCUCUUGGAUUGACCCCCCUAACAACACCCCUCCCGUUGUCUACUACGAGGGUGACCAGGGUAUUGGAACUUACAGCAUCCAAUACACUGCCACCAAGGAGCACGCCUGGGGUGGUAUCCCCAACACCAAGACCUGUGAGGUCCAGGGACUUUGCAACCCCCAAUAUGUCUUCUACCGCGACGGCUACAACAUUGUUCUCAACACCUGGGAAUCCCAGGGCGAGAUCUCUUACUGCCAGUACUCUGCCGGUGAGAACUGCCGCGGCCUCUGCUCUUCUGGUGUCAAGGAUCAGUUCUCUUCUGGUGGCGCACGAUGGGGAGGUGACUGCGCUAUCCCCUGUGCUGACGAGGCUGGUCUUCCUGAUUUCUAGAUUGAUCUCAGGGUUGGGAUAGUUUGGGCUUGAGUCGAAUCUAUUCGGCUGCGCUUAAGCUGAGUCGGUCUUGUGCUUCAUAGCCGAUUGUAUAUUAUUGCAGGUUGCAUAGCCUUGUAGUUCAUAUUAUUCGGUUUGCAGUAAUUAAUAUUUUCUCCCAA